UGUCAACCCUCCCUUCAUCUUCUCCGACCAACCAAUGAGCUUUCCGACGACCCACCCGCCGGAGUUCAUCGGAAUUCCAGCGAAGCCACAAAAAACACUCACUUUCAUCAUCACUUUUCUCAUCAUCACCCCAAAUUCAACACUUUCACAAUCCUCAUUUUCUUCUGCAAAUGAUGAAAACUAUUCAUCUAGUUCCAUCAAUAAGUUUGAACCGAGUCUUGCUAUCGUCGUCGGAGUACUCUCCAUUGUGUUUUCGCUAACAUUUUUAACCAUUAUUUACAUAAAAUGUUGUCACAUGUCAUCUUCUAGUUCUACUCAUCGUCUAAACCAAGAAAACUUUGGUAAUCUUCCUAGAACAAGAUCAAGAUUCUCGGGUAUCGACAAAACUGUUAUUGAAUCACUUCCUUAUUUCAAGUUUUCGGCGUUGAAAGGAUGGAAAAAUGGGCUGGAAUGUUCGGUUUGUUUGUCCGCUUUUGAAGACAUUGAACUUCUUCGACUUCUACCAAAAUGCAAGCAUGCUUUUCACAUCGAUUGUAUCGAUCAGUGGCUUGAAAACCACUCGAGUUGUCCGCUUUGUAGGGUUAAAGUUGUGAAGGAUGAUAUUGCGCUUUCCGCGCUUUCAAAUUCUUUAAGGUUUAACGAAUCCGAACCCUCUAGUCUCGGGCUUUUUAUAGAACGAGAGGGGUCAUCAAGAUUCGGUACAAAUGUUGAAAAUGAUCAAGAUCAGGUGAUCUUGCAUAAAUUUAAUCAUCGGAUCAUGAUCAGUAAUGAAAAUGAUCCGGUGACGUUGAAAACCAGAUGGAGCAAUGUGAGCUCAUCUGAUAUUCUUUUUCUAAAAUCCGAGAUGAUUACUUGCGUGGCAAGUAGCCGAUUUGAUCAUCAGUUGUGUCCGGAAAUUGAGGGGAACAACGGUCACAACCGGAGAGUCGAAGAACCUCGAAGAUCGGUAUCCGAGAUUACAGUUCAUCCAAGAUUUCUUGAAGGUGAAGUUAGGGUUGAUGAAAAAAGAUUAAGGAGAUUAUGGCUACCAAUUGCUAGAAGAACAGUUGAAAGGUUUGCUAAUAAGGAAAACAAUAAUAUUCCUGAUGGUCAACGAUUAGAAAUUGAAAAGUCAAGAGAACAAUUAGAUGUAUAGUGCACAAUGUUAUAUUCUUUUAAACAUUAUCGAUCAUAAAUUAUUUACUUGUAAAGUGUUAUUUAAAGAAUUCUUUUUUAGAGGAAGAAAGUUAAGAUUAAUUAUCAUAA